CGGCUGCUCGAUUAUCUUGCGAUGCAGCGGUUGGUAGGCGCGCGUGAACAGUUGUAAACGCGCGUUAGCGUGUGUCUUGUGUUCGGUAUGUUGUCGUUCUAGCGGCGGAGGCGUGCUGAAUCGCAAGUUAGAAAUCGCGAGCGCGGUUUGGCGUAAAUGUAUGCCGAUGACUACAUGCACGGUUCGCCCGCGAAGCUGUGAUGAGUACAGUUUAGUUUCGCGCACAGCAAGUGAUCGCACCUGGCUGCGCAAUAAACACCCGAUGUCUGUGGCUCACGGAGUAUCGAAACACCCCAGAAGGCCCUCCUGCGCGUGCGCCGGUAACACUAGUAGGCCGUCCUAACAAGGGGCUUACACUACAUUCAUGACGGCAGCCAUGGUCGUUUUCAACACUGCUGUUGCGAGGUGCCACCUGCUUCGAAGCUCGCGUUUUUCCUGGUGUCAUGUGCGACGGUGGAAGCACUCCAAUGCGCCCCUCAAGGUUUCAAUCGUCGGUGCCGGUCCGGCUGGCUUCUACACGGCACAGCAGGUUCUCAAACAUCCGAAUGCCAUCGUCGACAUCUACGAGGGUUUGCCGGUGCCGUUCGGUUUGGUUCGCUUCGGUGUCGCCCCAGACCACCCUGAGGUGAAGAAUGUGGUCCACACCUUCACGAAUAUUGCCAAGAACCCCCGGUGCAACGUGUACGGCAAUGUCAGGCUUGGCACAGAUGUCACGGUGGCAGACUUGAGGAAGGCCUACCACGCUGUUGUCCUGACGUAUGGUGCCGAUCAAGAAAGAAGCCUCGGUGUUCCGGGCGAGGACCUUCCGAACGUGUUCAGUGCCCGCAAGUUUGUCGGCUGGUACAAUGGCCACCCCGCUGACGUGGACGUCCGGCCGGAUCUCUCUGGACAGACGGCCGUUGUCAUUGGCCAUGGUAACGUGGCCUUGGAUGUUGCCCGCAUUCUGCUCUCACCUCCAGAGUCGCUUCAGGAGACGGACAUAGUCGAACCAGCCCUGGAAGCAUUGAGGAAGAGCUGCGUGCGGAAAGUGAUAGUGGUCGGGAGGAGAGGGCCCUUCGAGGUAGCCUUCACCAUCAAGGAGCUGCGAGAGAUGACCAAAAUCUCCGGCGUGGACAGCAUCUUCCGGCCGGAGGACUUCGACAUGGUUCGAGAGAAGUUGGCUGACUUGCCACGGCCCCGCAAGCGUCUGCUCGAGCUCAUGGUGCAGACGUCGGAGAAGAAACCGACCAGCCAGCCCCGUUCGUGGGAGCUGCGCUUUCUGCGGAGUCCCCUGCGCUUCCUGGCUGAUUCAAGCACGGGACGUGUCUCGAGCGUCGAGAUGGCCGUCAACCGGCUCGAGAAAACUGAAUCGGGAAUCAAGGCUGUUGCAACGGGCGAGACGGAGAUGAUUCCAUGCCAAAUGGUCCUGAAAAGCAUUGGCUACACUAGCGAAGCGGUCGACCCCACCAUCCCGUACGACAGCAAGCGAGGCUACCUGCCAAAUUCUCACGGCCGCGUCGAUUCUUUGCCAGGUGUCUACUGUAGUGGCUGGCUGAAGACUGGUCCGGUAGGGGUUCUGGUGGCAACAAUGAACAGCAGCUUCGAAACGGGCCAGGCGAUCGUCAAGGACGCGGAGUCUGGUCUCCUGCCGGCAGAUGACAGGGAGGGAUCGGUAGCCAUCUUGAAACUUCUCAAGUCCAAAGGCGUGCGACCCGUCACUUUCGACGAGUGGCUCAAGAUCGAAGCUCACGAAAAGGCGGAGGGCGAACGGAAAGGCAAACCCAGUGAGAAGCUCCUUUCCGUCAAAGAGAUGCUUAACGUUGCAUUUAGCUAGUCAUUUCCUGUCAUCUCGUAGUUUAUUUCGCUCUUCUUUUCUCCUCUCUCUCUUUUCCUCACUCUCUCCUACCUUCUUUGUGGCACCAGCCAGGUAAUGAGCGAAGCCGAAGGUCGAGCCAAGCCAAGUGCUGACUACCGUUUCUUUGAACAGCCAGAAGAAAUCCCUUCUUUUUCUUUCUUUGGAAUAAAAGCUUCGCUUCUGAUUCAUUUUAAGUAUGCAUGAUAUCCAAAGCUUAGGGGAAAAGGGACCUUAUGGGAAUGGAUGAAGUUAUCUAUGCAUCGAUGGCAUGUAGUUCUUCACUUUUUUUAUAGUCAUAGUUUUUUACGUUUGACCAUUAAUAAAAUGUGGUUAACGGAUGUAGAUCUGUACAGCUGAUAAUAAAAAUAGUAUAUUACAAACAUUA